CGCGCAUAUCAUGUAUGCACAAUCAUUUUUGUAACUUUUUAUAAUAAACUAUUUUAUUAUUAAUUAUAAAAUUAAUUAUAUUAGUAUAAUUAAAUAUCAAAUUUAUUUUAUUUUGGAAAAUAAAUAUGCGUAUGAUGCGUUUUAUGUCAUUUAAUAUAAAUAAAUGAACGUGACUGAAAUGAUUAUUUAUUAUGCUUAUUCAAUGAAUAAAGCAAGAUGUUGAAGAAAAAUUAAUAUUUUUCAGCUCGAAUGGGUAAUUCUACCUCAAAAAAUAAUUAUCACAAUAAUCAAAAGUAUACUAGUCAGCUGGAGCGAAGGUACAUUAUAUGAUCCACUGGGUACUUCAAAAACAUUAUGGCCUGUAUCACGUUCUCAGGCUAUGUUUCUUCCACAAUUUCAAAUAAGACAAGUAUCUUUGCAAAAUUCUUAUACAUUUUUAAAUGUAAUAGCUAAAGGAGCUUAUGGAAAAGUAUAUAAAAUUCAAAAACAGGAUACUGGACAAAUAUUUGCUUUAAAAGUAAUCAGUAAAGCUAAAGUGGUUGCAGAAAAUGGUAUAAUGCAAGCUAAGCAGGAAUAACUAACUAUAUUGGUGGAGGAGAAUUAUUUUCAUUAAUUGAGCAAUAUGGUUUUUUGCCUGAAAAUAUAGUUAGAAUAUAUGUAGCAGAAGUUGCUUUAGCUAUUGAUUUUUUGCACAAUGCUGGUGUUGUACACAGAGAUAUAAAAGCAACAAAUGUUUUAUUGGAUGAGGAAGGCCAUGCUGUAAUUAUUGACUUUGGUCUUGCAAAGUGGUUAAAUCAUGCACAAAGAACAAAUACGCUUUGUGGAACACCAGAAUAUAUGGGCAAAAAGCCAACGAGCGUAUCUCUCUGGAUCGUUGCAAAAUCCCUUGUGCCUUGACAUUUUCGCCGGGUCCACUCACCUGGCGUAUCCUCACUGUUUACAUUUGUGUAUGUUCUCGGCCGUGUUAACUUUUCAUACGGCCUUU